GUACACGCGCAGGGGAGGAGAAAGAACGAGAUCAUGGUACACGUGCGUAUAUAUAAGACCGCCGGCGCGUGGGUUAAUGUGUGUACAAGCCAACACGUCUGAGAUACAACAUGUUCUCCGUUCAGGUUCCUGUCCUUCUGGCUGUGGUGGCCGCGGCGGUGGCCAAACCCGCACAAUUAGGUCACGGCCAUGGCAUUAACAUCCACCAUGCCGGCACUCACCACCAUGGAGUGGACGUACACCAUGGGACUCCUAUCUACACCCCUGACAGUCACCAUGGAGGCGUAGCUCACCAUACCGUCGAGGUCCACCAUGAGGCCGCCGUUGUGCCCGUCGCUCACCCCGUCCCUGUGCCUCACCCCGUUCCCGUUGUUCAGCACGUCCCUGUUGCUCAUCCCGUUCCUGUUCCUGUGCAUCCCAGCGCUCCAGCUCACUACAGCUUCAACUACGGCGUCCAGGAUGACUACAAGGGCGCCAACUUCGGCCACGCUGAAUCUCGCGACGGCUACAACACCGAGGGCGUGUACUACGUCCACCUCCCCGACGGGCGGCUCCAGACGGUCAAGUACUACGUGGACGAACACGGCUACCACCCUGAAGUCAGCUACAAGGGCGUCGCACACCACGAUACCGGAAUUGUACACCACUAAGACUCUCUUUUCCUUCACUAGAAUUCGUUUGUGUUUUCCAAGUUCUUCCUUUCGUCUCGCAGGUUCUCGAUCGCCGUGUAAAUUGUAAUUGAUUAAAUUUCCUUGAUUUUUUUCUUCUUCUGAUAUUGUACAGUAUAUAAGAAGCACCUUCUCUGAUAUUCCUUAUCGAGGGGUCCGCUUUUGUACCAAUGGCACAACGCAAAGAAAGACUGCAUGUUCAUACACGAAUUAUAUGAACAAGUAAACAAA